AAUUUGUAUCACAAAUGUCUUCACCCUUUCCAAUGAUGCUUGAUAGAGGAAAAAACAAGUUCUUGCUCAGAUCAAAAUCUGAUGUAGAUGCAGUAGUGUUCCAAAUCAAAUACCUCCAAAGAGUUGAGAAUAAGAUAAUCACUUAUUGUGCUGACAAAUGAUUUCAAGGACAGAAUAGCAAGAAGACUGAGAAAAUUUCUCAGACUGAACAACCUUGACUCGAGACUUGAUUCCAAAAGCAAAAACAGUUCUACAGAAAUUAUUACUCAAGUUAUAUCACUGGAGCUAAAAGAAUGGGAGAGUAUAAAGAGCACCUGCAGACUGCCAAUAUUCAAUAAUUCAAUAUUUUAAGGAGUUAAAGGGG